AUGUCACGGGAUUCUCAGGAAGGUGGCCCCACUGCUACCUCAGCUCAGCCAGAUCGGCCACCUUCACGAGGACGACAGCGACAACGCCUUCACUUUGCCAGCGGAGUAGGACUGGGGUCCGAUGGCUCCUCUUCUUCUCCGGGCACUGCGGCCCCAGCAUCCAGUGUGCCGAAAUGGAGCCUAGGGAUAUUGAAUGACAAAACAACUGACGAAGUCCCUGGCACCGUUCUCCUGCUCUCCUCCGCUCGCAAUGAGCCAUUGGGUCUCGAGCCUCAACAUGACCAAAGGAAGAAUUCCUCCAUGCCCGCCCAGCUGCUAUCUCCAAGGCGGCCGUCUAGAUUCGACAAGAAGACAACCAAAUGUGGUAGCAUCAUAUUGGAGCCUCAACCAGACGAUUCCAAGAAUGAUCCCUUGAAUUGGUCCACGUUGAGGAGAGAUUCCUCUCUUCUUUCCCUCGGUUUCUAUUGCAUGCUUGGAGGCGGUAUCACGCCCAUCCUGGCUGCUGGCUUCCAUGAUGUUGCCGACACCUAUCAUGUCACAUAUGCCCAGGUCACCUUGACCACUGGCCUUUACAUGAUGGGCUUGGGUGUCGGCAGCGUCUUGUUCUCCCCAACCGCCAUUCUCUAUGGGAAGAGACCUGUCUACCUAUUUUCAGCCAUUCUUUUCAUCCUCACCUCCGUUUGGUGUGCCUUGGCCCCCAGUUAUGCCCAGCUUGCAACUGCAAGAGUCUUCCAAGGAAUAUCCGUCAGUCCAGUCGAAUGCCUCCCUUCUGCCACUAUUGCAGAGAUCUUCUUCCUUCACGAACGCGCUUUCCGUGUUGGAAUCUACACUCUCCUCUUACUCGGAGGCAAGAAUCUAGUCCCUUUGGUAAGCGCGGUCAUCAUCGAAGCAAAAGGCUGGAGAUGGGUCUUCUGGGUGGUGACAAUGGUUGCAGCCUUUGGAAUGGCUCUACUAUUCUUUUUCGUUCCAGAGACUUUCUGGGACAGAACUCCAAGGCCAAAAGCGAGAAAUCUAACUGCCCGCCGAAGCCUUUCCAGUAUUGCUCGCCAUUCAUUACGAAGAAUGUCGACGUCACGUCGAAUCCCGAGUCCUUCGUCUGUUGGUUUGGAGCAUGAAAAGGCGGGAAAUACUGUCAUUCCGCAACCGCAAAAUUUACAGCAAGAUGAAAUUCGACCGAGCCUUACAGAUGGGGCUGUUGAUGAGAAAUCAGGUUCGGUCCCUGAAGGGAAUGUACAACAGACUUCGUCACGGCCUCCUAGCUCGAAUCUUGGAGAGACUGCUGAAACCCUCGCAACUGAUUCUCAGCCAUCGUCUGGCACCGUCAGGAAACCCACACCAUUGAGACUGGGACCCCUGUCACCCGAGCUUCAGACAUAUUCAGCUCCAUGGGAUGGGGCUUCAGGCGCCAAUACCCCACACCUCCACAAUCUGAACUCUCCAUAUUAUCUUGACGUUGAGAAGCGCAACGGCUAUCUAGAUCACCACUCUGUUCCUACGACCUCCAAUGUUCAGGACCGGGCCGACCGAAAUUCCUUGACAAGGAAUGAAACUACUAGUACCGGCGGAAACGGGCAGACUGACCUGUCUGAUGUGGGCAAAUCGGAAGAGGCUAAGGAUGCAGCAAAAUUCACACCCAAAAAGCCUACCAGAUACACCACCAAUCUUCGCCAGUCUCCCCCUCAAGGAUAUCUCCAGACCUUGAAGCCUUGGAACGGGAGACUAUCGCCGUCGAAGUGGGGUCUCGUGGCACUCCGGCCAUUCAUUCUCUUCGCGUACCCGGCUGUUUUGUGGGCUGCGCUUGUAUACUCGCUUUCCGUUGGUUGGCUCAUCGUCUUGUCGGAAUCGAUUUCGGAUAUCUAUCGGGACCGAGAUAGUUACAGCUUCACUGCAUUGCAGUCUGGUCUUGUUUAUAUCUCGCCUUUCAUCGGUGGGAUUCUGGGAACGGCCGUCGCGGGCAAAGUUAGUGACAUUAUUGUGCGCGCGAUGGCUCGCAGAAACGGUGGUGUCUACGAACCAGAAUUCCGCCUCGUCAUGGGUGCUCCCAUAGCUGCCAGCACUGCCAUUGGACUUAUCGGUUAUGGCUGGUCAGCUGAAGAGCGGGACAAUUGGAUCGUGCCCACUGUCUUCUUCGGAGUGAUUUCCUUCGGCUGCUCUCUAGGGUCUACCACGUCCAUUACGUUCUGCGUCGACAGCUACCGACAGUUCGCUGGAGAAGCGCUGGUGACGUUGAAUUUCAGCAAGAACAUAUUCCACGGCUUGGUCUUCAGUUUGUUCUUUGCGCAAUGGCUGGAAAGUCGGGGUCCAAAAGACACGUUUGUCGUCAUCGGCAUUCUCCAGAUCGUGUGCAUGUUGACGACAAUUCCGAUGUAUAUUUAUGGGAAAAGGCUACGCAUGUGGACUGUCAGGAAGCGUCUCAUGGAGAAAUUUUGA